AUGUCAAACAUACAGCAAGAAGACACGAAGCCCACAGUCGCGGCUGGCGAGGGGGCAGCCGCAACUGCAUACAUGAGCAGACUUUUGAGCAUGGCCUUGCAAGUGGCCAACUUUUCCAACACGAACCGACCAUGGCGCCUCUACGACCUGAGCCACCCCAUCAACAACCCAGAGCUCAUGUCUCUGUGUCAACUACAGAGGCUUCACCCACGAGAGACCCUCAUGGUGCAUCCGAUCAAAUGGAAGAACAUCCACCUCGACAUCCUGCGGUGCGUCUUCUACCCGGACGACUCUCCCCUACAAGCCUUCGCCCCAGACUACGCCAUUACGAACGAGGCGAUGUCGUGUGCGUGCCACCUGCAGGCACUCCUUAGUCCCGUUUCCACCAGGCGGGACAAGAUGGCCGCGGUGACGGCCUUGUUCACCGGGCUUACGGAUUCUUCUUCGGAGGUGGGCUUCACCAGCGACUUGCAUCUCGCCUAUGACCACGUCCAUUCGCCGCUGCCCCUUGCCUUUGCGUCCACUAUGGGGAUGCUCACAAUCCCCGAUGGCGGCUACAAGGCCGUUUCGGACGGCGAACUGCCCCACGCCUGCGUCCUCGGCCACCUGGCAAAGGGCACGCACACGCACCUGGCCAACCUGGCGUACGUGGACCUGGGAUCCGUCAUGGCGAAGCGGCGGCAGUGGCGACUCAAGCACAUUGCCAGGACCUGGGCCGAUCAGGCCAGAGACCCCUUUAUCGUCGCGACCAUCAUCGGGCUUGCGCAGAGGGUCGAUCGGGAGAGCGGCAGACUGCCGGUCCGGGAGGCAAACGGACGCGUCUACGAGGACCUCCACGACGCCAGGACCUGGUCGCUGGCGAGCAUCAUGCUGGCAGAGGGGGAGGGGGAUGAAAAGUCGGACCGCGAGGUCGCGCAGGCGCUACUGCAGGCGAGGUUCGUCUGCCUGCUGUAUCAAGUGGCGCGUGCACGGAGCCUCACGGUCGUGCCGGGCCCGGCGGGAGGGUUCCUGCCGCAGGUGCGCGAGCCCACCACCGAGGCCGAGGUGAUGGCCGGCGUCGUCAACUGCGCCCGCUACGUCGUGGCGGGGGGCCAUGUCGGCGAGGAUAUGCUGCGCGGGUUGGAUGCGCUCAAGGCGGUGAUGAGGCUCGGGCGCGCUGGGCCAGUCGGGCGGUAUCGAUGCGUCUGCUUGGCGUCGAGCCCCACGGACGGGGACAACUUUCUCGUCUACUCGGCUGCCGUUUCAACUGCAUUUUUGGACCGGCUGGAAAAACCGCAUGAGCCGCCGCGGGUGGAUGUGCAGAGUGGGUUGGAGAUUCGGGUUGGCCUGUUUCCGUUGAGGCCUCUUGAGACUUUGCCGAGUCGGCUCGAGGUUUUGCUUCGGCUCCUUGGGUCGCCUGUGGAUGCAGAAAGCGUGUAA